AAUCAAGCAACAGUUUACCAAUCAAUAACUUUUAUUCAACUGUUUCUAUUAAAAAAAGUGUUAUUUAUUCACUCAAAUAAUAGAUUGAACCAUCAUGUCAAGAAUUACUUGUAUUUUUGCUUUUUGUGUCUACCUCGUUAUUGUUACAGCCGAUCCUGACAGACCAGGUAAAUAUUUGAAGCAUGAUCGAACAGUAAUCAACUGUGCUCGAUACAAGAGAGAAGCCAAUCAACAUCAAUGUGUACUCUCACCGUUCAACACCGAAGGCCCUUAUUUCCUACCCGAUGAUCUUCAACGAUCUGACAUCACUGAUGGUCAAACUGGUAUUAAGUAUAGUCUAACGAUCGCUUUAGUCAAUUCAAAUGACUGCUCUCCUUUAGAGAACAUGUUCGUUCAUAUUUGGCAUGCUAGUGCUAUUGGUGAAUAUUCAGGUGUUGGAAAAAUGGGUCCUCCUCCUGGUCCAAAUGGUCCAGGAGAGGAACACGAUUUCCAUGGACAUGAAGGUUUUGGAGGGCCUGGUGGACCGAAGCAAACUGGAAAAGGAAGAGGUGGCCGUGGACCAAAGCCCCCACAAGAAGGUAGAGAAGGCAAUAUGCCACGACCUACACCAGUCAGUGAUGAACGUUUCCUUCGAGGUUAUCAAGUAACUGACCAAAAUGGAUUUGUAAACUUCAACACUAUUCUUCCAGGUUGGUAUGCCGGUCGAGCUACUCACAUUCACAUUGAAGUUUAUCCACGAAACACAACUGAACAAAGUGCCAUCUCUUAUGUUGGCCAAAUCUUCUUCCGAGAAGAUCUACCAGAAUCACUCAAGCUAUUAGAACCUUAUUCAAAGAACCCAAAUCGUAUCACUUUGAAUGAAGAUGAUGGUAUCUACACUAAUGGUCAUGGUAAUGAAACUACUGCUAAACUUGAAGCUGUCGACUCAUUAUCAUACAAAAGUACCAUGAUAUUCGGUAUCGAUCCUGAUGCUCACACUAAAUCCCAAGUUUGAUCAAAUAUGAAACGUUUAAAAGGUAAUGAUGAAUGAUUAGGUCCAGGCUAAUUGAUACUAAAUCUAAUUCCAAUAUAACAAUUUUCGACUAACUUGUAUUUGCGCAACAAAGAUAAAAAUAAAAUUAAAUUGCACUUAAGAAAAGCA